GCUGCGGGAGGCGCCGGGAGCGCGCACCGCCGGGAGCUGCGGGCGGGCGCGCGCAGCCCGGCGUCUCCAGCUGCGGUGGCAGCUAUGGCGGCGGCGGCCUCGCAGCGAGACCCGGGGGACUGGCAAGACUUCUCAGGCUUCCAGCCCUCCGCGGGGAGCGGUCCCGAAGCUGCCCGCGACAAGGGUGGCUGGGGCGGUGGGGAUUUGGGGGCGAAGUUGUCUCUCUGCUUUGAGCCCCCGCAGGCUCGGGCUGCUGGCGGCAGCGAGAGCCGCGUUCCGCUGCGGCCCCUCACGGAGCAGAGCGCUCUGCAGGACGACGAGAUUUGGAAUGCUUUAACUGAUAAUUAUGGUAACGUAAUGCCAGUUGACUGGAAAUCUUCCCACACCAGAGCUUUGCACUUGCCAACACUGAAUCUUUCAGAAAAAGGAGUAAAUGAUAACUUGAACCUUGACCUGUCAGAUGAUGAAGAGCUACGAGAACAGUUGGAUAUGCAUUCUAUCAUUGUUUCCUGCAUCAAUGAUGAACCACUCUUCACAGCAGAGCAGGUGAUUGAAGAAAUAGAGGAAAUGAUGCAAGAAUCACCUGAUCCAGAAGAUGAUGAAACGCCCACCCAAUCAGAUCGGCUUUCCAUACUUUCCCAGGAAAUUCAGACACUCAAGAGAUCCAGUACGAACAACAGUUAUGAAGAGAGAGUAAAAAGAUUGUCUGUUGCUGAGUUAAAUGAACUGCUAGAAGAAAUUGAGACUGCUAUUAAGGAUUAUUCCGAGGAACUGGUACAGCAGUUGGCUCUACGAGAUGAGUUGGAGUUUGAGAAGGAAGUGAAAAACAGCUUCAUUUCUGUCCUCAUUGAAGUACAAAACAAACAGAGAGAACACAAAGAAACGGCAAAGAAGAAAAAGAAGCAGAAAAAUGGUAGUCCUCAGAAUGGCAAACAAGAAAGAGGUCAUAUGCCUGGAACACGCUUCAGCAUGGAAGGGAUCUCAAAUGUCAUACAGAAUGGCCUCCGCCACACGUUUGGGAACUCAGGUGGAGAGAAACAGUACUUAACAACCGUCAUUCCUUAUGAGAAGAAAAAUGGACCCCCAUCUGUUGAAGAUCUUCAGACAUUAACCAAAAUCCUGCAUGCCAUGAAAGAGGAUAGCGAGAAAGUGCCAAGCUUAUUAACAGACUAUAUUUUAAAGGUACUGUGUCCUACAUGAAGAGGGCUGCCUUUCAGAAUUAGCCACGCUCCUUACUGCAGUGAGAAGCUUUCCAUGGAUAUAACUCAUAGUAUUUUUUCAUUUGGCACUAUACCUAAACCAGUAUGCGUUUACCUCCUCUGUGUGUGCGUGGAUUUUCUGAUCCUACAGUAAGUCUUCUGGGCAUGACAAGUCAUCCAUUUUAACUUAACAGUGCAAUGAACUGGAGCAGGGAACAAACAUUGUACAGUUUUACUCGCAUUGUUCUGGCUUUUUAAAGUCUAUUUUUACAUUGUAUAGCAUGUAGUAAAUCCUCCUGCACAUUUUGUUGUUGGAAGGAAAAGUAAACUUUGAAUAGUGUAAAUAAAAUAAGCCUAGUUUUAAGGAAUCCAUAUUUAAAAGCAUCCUUAGUUCCUAUAGCAAAGAUGCAAAAAGGAUUAUAGUUGGUCUUGGACUAAAAAAUUCAAGUGAGCUCUCCAGGAAGCACUCCAGAGCAGUGUUGGUGGAAGUCAGCAUUCAACACUUCUUUUAAAACAGUAACUUUGAAUUAUUCAACAGUAUUGUUCAUACCAUGAACAAAUCCAGAUUCUUUGAUGGUUUGGCAUAAGUAAUUGGUGUGUUACCUAUCCUUGUUAUCUAACACAAACAUCCAAGUAAUUUAAUAUUUCAUAUUUGGUUUUAUUUUAAUUAUUAAUGUUCAUGUAGCUUAGAUAUUCUCCCAUAGUGCUAUAAUUUUAAUGUUUUUAAUAAGUGUUUGAUCUUAAUGAAAAUGCUUCAAUAUAUAAACAUUUUAAAAGGCUUUUUAAAAAUACAUGUACAGUUUGAAAAACUUGCACCUGAGUUCCAAGUUAGUAUUAUAUUGAGACGUUGGUUGUUGUGUAUCUCUCAAUUUUACUACAAAUCUCUCGUGUAAAUUGUAUGCACUGUCUCCUCUGUGAUGAUGUAUCUGCAUUCAAACAGAUGAGAAUGUAUUUUACAAAUCCUGUAAAAGAAACUUAUGCCAUAAUCUCAACAUUAAAUACUUGUCACAAAUAAUUUUGCCAGUUUUAAAGGUUAGAUUGAAAUAUAAGGAGUACUAAUAAAAAUAAAGGUCCUGUUUUCUAGGUUGAAUUCCUAUUGAUUCUAUACCCAGAUUUGUAUACUGUGUAUGCGAAGGCACUGGAAGAUAAGGCUCAAAGAGAUAAACAUGUCUUGUCUUCAAACAGUUUUUUUUCCAUUUAAAGUCUUCAGUCUUUUUGUUAGUUGAAGAGUCGAAUUGGCUCCUGAAUACCUUGUGUCACUUCUUUAAUACUCAACUUUAUCAUCGUCACCAAAUACUCAUUUUGAUCAGUAAAACACAUUCAGUUUGAAAAUAGUUCUCAUAAUUCUUUCUCUUUUUUCCAAAGGUCUCAAUAUUUUUGUCUUUUGUGCCUUUUUCAGUCAGUAAAGUUUUCAGCUUAAAAUUCUUUCCUCCUCCCUCUCCCCCAACCUGACAACCAAUGGAUACUUGCCAGCCUGCUCAGGAAUAAAUAGAUCCUCUGCAUAAGUGUGUCAUAUGUGAGGAAGUUUUUUUGUUGCUUUAUUUUGCUUCAUUUUGUGGUUUCUCUUACAAGAAAGCUGCUGUUUCUUUCUUUAACUGAUGUGUUGAAAAAGCAUGCCAUAAUGAUUUCUUCAUAGAAAUGCUUGAUGUUGACUGUUGGUGCCUGGAAAUUGGCAAAGGGGGUGACCCUGCUUUGCUUCAUUUUUUUAAAAAAGAUGUACAUGUUGUGAAACACACCAUGUCUCCAAAUAAUUUCUCUUCAGAGAUGUCUCAAUCUACUUUUGAGGCUUGAGGUGAUGGAACAAAAAGAAGACAAUUCAGGGAAGAAAUUAAAAAUAAAAAAACUUUUUACAAAGUUUGUGGUGUUAGCUGUUGCAAAUCUUGGAUCACUUAAAGUCACAAAAUACUAAAAGUACUAAAACUUGAGAGAAAACCCAACACUAAAGACACCAGGAACAGCUUUAGUGAGCUAAGCAUCUGCUUGAGUUCAUCGUGCCGCUCAUCGGACUAAACAAGAUUUCAUUAUGAGAAGUAUCUGUUUUACCUUGUACAUAGAAUGCUAGCAUUAAACAACAGCUGCUAAAGUUGGAAAGUAUUAUAUAUAUACACCUAUAUAUGUACAUAAAAAAAUAGAUCUCAAAACACUUGAAUAAAAAGAAGCAUGCAGAUCUGCUUUUCUGCCGAGUUCUGUGUGCUUCAUAUUCUCCAUCCUUUUUCCAGAUGCAUUAUUGAAUCUUGCAUUCUUUCAGGGACCUGGAUUUCAUUAUUCUUUUUAGUUUUAGCCUGUGGUAGCUGUAAAUGGCCGCCUGUGGUAGCUGUAAAUGGCCACCCGAGAACAGUUGCUGACAAAUACCCUAGAAGAGAUUUGGUAAAAAUACAUUUUGACCCAAAUCCGUUCCAUUUUUAAUAUGAAGAGUCCAGGAAGCAAAGUCUCCUUAAAAUCAUUGAAUUUUAAGUUACUUAAAGUUAGGUUAUUUGUAUCACUUGCUUUAAUAGCCUUUUUUGUUCUUGUUUUCUUUUUUUUUCUUUUUGUCCAACCCUUUUUCUAGGUUUCAGCUAUUUUGUUUGAUAUAAGCUUAUUCACGUGCUGGCUAGAGUCAAAUUUUGAGUCAAGGUCUGUCUGGACAGUAUAUCAGAGGUAGUCAAGAGUCCUAGAAUUAUGUUUUCUUGGUUAGGUAAAGAAACUUGAAAACAAUGUCAGUUCCCUUGCGGUGAAGGAUAAUGAUGUAGCUGGCCUCUCAGUGGUGUAGGUAGCUGGUGACACAGAACAUCUGCUGUUAGCUGCGCCAGGUAGUUGUAGCCUUUGCCUUGGAGCGGUUGUUUUAUUGCAGUGGUUCACAUCGUUGUUGCUUCCAGACUGGAUUACCUUGGUAUUGUUUCUGCAUGCGUGUCACUUGGAAACUGAAACGAAGCCCAGAAAUGGCACUCCCUGUGCUUGGAAACGGUGUCAAUAAUUAAGUGUGUAUCUCUGACAGCAUGGUUUACAGCAGCCGCCUCCUUUCCAGGGGGGACAAUGUAAGGUGGAGGUUUAAACUCCCAAAGUUGUAGAUGGUGCAGAGCCUGUGCAGUAGGAAGCCUGCUUCUCCAGCGGGGGCAGCAAUGGGCAGUGGAGAUGAGCAGCUUGCUUCGCUUAAAACAGCAUCUACCCAAUUCAGUCGGGAAGGGCCUGGAAGCAAAGCUUUCUGUUGCAGUGUUCUUGGCUCCGAUGCACCCAAGCCUGAACUCACUGACUUGUCUCAUCGUUCUGCAAAGCGUAUCUUUCUUUUGGGUGAUGGCGCUGUAUUGUAACAGUAACAGAAUCCAUGUGGGUUUGGAAUGAUUUUCUGAUUCAGAUAUCAAUCCUAAUUUUUAAAACUUCUCAUGAACCUCCAAGUUAUCCCUGGGUAACCAUAAAAACUCUGUCAUGCGGUAAAAAAUGAAAUCUCAGAAGAAAAUGGAUCUUGAAUCACGUCAGCUGAAUUUAAUGUUCUGCUUCUCUUCGGGACACGGUACUGUUUCUUUUAAGCCUAAAAAGAAGCUCCGGUUGUCGUACUAGAAAUCUAGUGUUCCAACACUAUGAUAGUACGAUUUCUUUUCAAGAUGUCUACAAUUUUGCAGGUAGCAGUAGGUGGUAGGAGGGUUUUACAGGGCACAGCUAAUGAUGCAGAGAGUUUCUUAUCACUGAAGAAAUUAGGAUUGCUUUCAUUUUUUAAGUGCUUUGUCCUUGCUGGUGAAAUGAAGUGUCUUGUUCCUUUGUUCACGUUCUUUUGAUCAGGACCUAACUCGGGACUUACUGCCUUUUUGUGUGUGUAUAUUGAUCAGCGAUGGCUCUCUGGAUUAGCUGAUCAGUGUCCAGUCCUAACAAUAAUUGUUGAAGAAACUGUAUAGACUGGGAGAACAAGUUACUGAAUUUUGUUGCUCUGUUUUGGUUUUCUCUCCUUUAUAAUCUGUAAAAGUUGGACAGAAGCCUCUCUUUGGACUGAAGGCUAAUUUAAAUGGAGCUUAUGAUUUUGUUGUUCAUUUUCUAACCGGUCUUUGAGUUUAUGUUAACAUUAUGUAAUAAAUAUUAAUUUUGAUUUUC